AUGUCUUGGCCCGUUCAGUCAUCAUUAUACAUACUCGCAUAUACUGAGAAUAAACCAGGUAAUAAAAUUCAUGAUUUAAUGCAUGACCUCAUCGACACCUUCUUCAUCCAACACCUCUCCCUCGACCCUGCAGACGCAACAAUGCUCCACCAAAAAUACUACAAAGAAUACGGCCUAGCAAUCGAAGGCCUAGCCCGCCACCACAAGAUCGACCCACUCGAAUUCAACAGCAAGGUGGACGACGCCUUGCCUCUCGACUCAAUCCUAAAACCAGACCCACAGCUCCGUUCCCUUCUGCAGGACUUCGACACCACCAAGGCGAAACUGUGGCUGUUCACAAACGCCUACGUCACCCAUGCCACGAGGGUGGUGAAGUUGCUAGGCGUGCAGGAUUUGUUUGAAGGGAUUACGUUUUGCGACUAUGCGGCGUCCAAGUUGAUGUGUAAGCCUGAGGCGGCGAUGUAUGAGAAGGCGGAGCGGGAGGCAGGGGCCACAGAGGAAGCGGGAAGUUAUUUUAUCGAUGAUUCUGCCUUGAAUUGCAGACAUGCACAGGCUCGCGGCUGGGAAACGGUUCAUUUCGUGGAGCCACAUAUUACUCCACCGGAGACGCCAGUGUCGAAGUAUCAAAUUCGAUACCUUGAGGAGCUUCGGGACAUUUUCCCGCAGUUUUUCAGGUCUAGGAAUGGUACGGGUUAG